GAGAGAGAGAGGGAGAGGGAGAGAGCUAGGGGAGGGGGAGUAAGAGAGAGAGGGAAUGCCUGUUAGAUGCGUCUGCCGGUAAUAGCACAUCAGCCACAGCGCUGCUACCAGAGAGAGCUGAACACCGUGUGUCUAGCCCGUGUUUCAAAAAGGACUGAGCGCACUGGAGUGCUGGAGGAAAGCAGGGGCUCUCAAGCAGAAAAGGAAACAAAAAAAAAAGGCAGGGAAGGAAGAGGAGAGUGAGUGUGGGUGGAGGAGAGUGAGAGAGAGAGAGAACACGCGCAUCAGAGCUCAUAUGGGAUGCUGAAGGCUACGGCGGUAGAGAGGAGAGAGAGGCACGGCAGAGAGUAGUGGUAAGAGACCAGAAGAGAGAGGGAUAGAGAGAGAGAGAGAGUCAGCGUCUCUCUUGGUUGUAACGCGUCUCUUCCACAGAAAUUAGUGCUGAGCUCAGAAGAGGGGGGGGGGGGAGCGUGGAAGUAAAGCAGCUGAGCGCUGGAGGUCCUCAGGGGGUCGGAGUCCCUGCUGGAAUAAGUUGGCACUGUGCGGAGCAGCGUGCCACGAGAGAGAGAGAGAGAGAGAGAAGGAGAGAGAGAGAGAGAGAGGAGCACGCGGUGACAUUACAGGAGAGGCAGAGGGACACGUUUUUAAACUUCCUCCCACAAGGACGUCCUGCGUUGGGAAAAGGCUUCUUAGAGGACCACGCUGUGCGGCUAAUUUAGGACUAUCAGGGCGCGACAAGCCAAGAGCGGAGGACACAUAAGCCUGGCAGAGGUGCCUAUCCAGCUCAGACCUUCUCACUUCACCCCCCUGGAGAUUCACUGAUCCGGGCUUUGAUUCGACUCAACUUAGCCCUCAGCACUGGAACUCGGAGUGGAUUUUCUUUUGCUUUUUCGUUGCUCUGUUUCGCCACUCCCCCCCCCCCCCCCCUAAUCCAAACUGAAAUAUAUAUCCAUUUUGUUGAGUUGCAUUUUUUGGACUUUCCUUAGAAGACGAGACCCUUUGCAGGCGGCAGGGCUGCACUGUGCGUGCCGUCCUCUCUUGAGACUAUGGUAGACAGUGUGUCAGGCAGCCUUCUAUCCAGCGCCACAGCCCCAGAGCAUGGAGAAGUCCAGCAGUGACGAGUCAGCCAUCCACCGCAGCCCGUCCCUGGACAGCCACGAGUCCGACUUCGCUCGAGCCUCCAGCUCCGGCUGCCCGUUCGGAGGCCGAGGCUUCACGGCCGGUGCCUUCUACGGCUCCACGCGGAAGCACAACAACAACACAUCGGCCGGCGCUCAGCAAGGCGCCGCGUCCGGAGGCGCCGCCGCCAACGCCGCCACCGACGCCAACGCCGGCGGUCCGGCGGGAGCGGACAAGAGCGGGAAGAAGUGCGGAUCGCCCAAGGGCAGCAAAUACGUGGUGUUUUACCUGGAUCUAUCCUUUGUGUUUCUUCUAGAGUUCAAGAAGUGCAACAUGGCACGCGGCUGCCUUUGCUGUCUCAAGUAUUUGAUGUUCCUCUUCAACCUCAUCUUCUGGCUAUGCGGCUGUGGGCUCCUGGGAGUGGGCAUCUGGCUCUCGGUGUCUCAGGGCAGCUUCGCCACCUUCUCGCCUUCCUUCCCCGCGCUCUCCGCUGCCAACAUGGUCAUCGCCAUCGGCGCCAUCGUCAUGGUAACGGGCUUCCUCGGUUGCCUGGGAUCCAUCAAGGAGAACAAGUGCCUGCUUCUGAGCUUCUUCAUUGUCCUGUUGAUAAUUCUCCUGGCGGAACUCAUUCUGCUCAUCCUGUUCUUUGUGUACUCCGACAAGGUGCGAGAGAACGCCAAGCAGGAUCUAAAGGACGGACUGGCGCUCUACAACACAGACAACAACGUGGGAUUACGCAACGCCUGGAACAUCAUUCAGGCGGAGUGGAAGUGCUGCGGUGUGACUGCCUACAGCGACUGGCACGACGCGCUGAAGGACAAGUUUGUGCCGGACCGCUGCUGCCAGGAGCACUACCAGGAGUGUGGUCGCAACUCCACCAACAUGUUCUGGAGCAGGGGCUGCUUUGAGAAGGUGGAGGAGUGGCUGGACGACAACAAGCACCUCAUGGGAACCGUCGCCAUGGUGAUCUUGGUAGUGCAGCUUCUUGGCAUGGCGUUCUCCAUGACGCUCUUCCACCACAUCCACAGAACGGGGAAGAAGUACGACGCAUAGCCUUUGGAAGGAGCCCGGUGGAGAGCGCUCUCACCGCUCAUCACUGCCUGAUGGUACAGACUCUGGAUAGCCACCCCUGCCCGCCAUUGCUUUGUAUCCAGUCCCAUCAAUCCUCUCCUGGGAAAAUGUCUGCUCAGAUGUCCCCCCCUCCCCCUUUCUCUCUCUUACCCCUCCGCCUCAUUUUGCCAAAGAGUAUCGCUACUGGAAGAAAAUGGAACUCAACAUUUUUUGCAAGAGAGGAAGCCAUUUUGGUGUUCACUCCUGUUUGGUGUGUGUUCCGGUGUUAUGAAGGAAGGACUCUUAAGACAAUGAGUGUUAUUUCGAGCGCUCAUGCCCUUGACCAGUGCAAAAAGACAGACAUCAGGCUUGACAAAACUGAAGACCCUUGUCAUAGAGGAUGACACAGGUCGAUUUAACGUAUUUUCCCCGCUUUCACUCCUGUAAAUGGACGAUAACAAACUCCGAAACAUAGCAUGCUUCUUUUGUACCUCCCCAGAGUGAACAUGGUUGGUGUCGAAUGUCUUUUAUUGAAAGAGAUGUUGCCCGUUGUAUUUUCCUCGUGUUACCUUCACCCCUCGUCGCGCCCGUGGAAUGUAAGCGGUCGGCGAGGUCGGGGCAAUUAAACCGAGCAACGGGAUUGGCUGUGGGGCAUGAUGACAGAGGGACAUACAGGGGUGGUGCACCGCGACACAGGACGCGUGUGACCAGUGUUGUGUGAUAUCUCGUUGGCACAUUUUAUUAUCUUUUAACAGUCAUUUCAAAUGUUGUUUAUUUCUUCAAGGUUUUCACUGAGACGUCGCAAAGUAAUUAAUUUCACGGUUCAUGGUUCAUGUUUAUGUAUCUAGAUCCGGGAGGAUUCAUUAUAGCUGUGUCAUCUCUUGCCCCUGUUUGGCGAGGGGUUGAAUAUCUUCUUCCCCUUGCUAGUCUUUGCUAAUGAACGUGCACUACACACACACACACACACCAACACAUUAACACUGUUCAGCAUCACUAGUAUUUCUUGUCAAAAGCAACAUAUAUUGUUAAAGGGUUUCAUUAUCCCUAAACAGACCUGUCAGAUGGAGAUCUAUGGAGUCUCACCCGUCUCUCCCUACUUCGAGCAUCCCGGGUAACUCUUGUUUAUGUGUGUGUGUGUUUUAUCAAACCCACGCUGGGCAGAACCAGAGCAGGCACCAAUGCUGCUAUCAAGUCAUCAAAUCAUAUCCAGUAGAAAUAAGAACAACAGUGUUACUCCUCUUCAAUUAUCUCCAACGAGGCAACUAUAUUUUCCUUACCCUUUUUCUUGCUGUCCCGGUGAGCUAGAAAACUAAUUUGCACACCGUGUCGCCGCACAUGCCCGCGCCAACGCUGUUGCUCAACCGCCGCCCGCCCGCCACGGGCUGUUGAACAUCCACACAACACGCUCUAGUUAGCUGUAGACGGUUCCUCUCUCUGCAGCGGCUCACUGCGUGCGCGUCCACGUGUGUGUGUGUGUGUGUGUGUGUGUGUGUGUGUGUGUGUUUGGGUGGCUGUGUAUUCACAUGAGCAUGCGUGUGUGGGGGAGGGAAGGUGUGUUUAAUGCCUCGCAGAUCAAAAAGCAGGAAUGCGUACUAUACCGUGCUGUGAUGGGUACAUCUGGGUUACCCAUAGUGCACGGCGGGAGGCCCCAGCGUCGACAGGAAGAAAUCCGCUGAAGGGUAGGAGCGGUAAUGAACUCUACGCGCCGGGGUAACGGACUGCUCCCGCGCUCGGCUGUGCGUGAGCUCGCUCUGUGAAGGCGCACGUGUGGCUGAAGAGAUCGGUGCAAGCUAAUUGGACGAAUCCUUAAUGGCUUUUACCAGUAAUGGGCGUGGAUAUGGGGAGAAAAGGUCUGUGUCAUUUCACGAAUCGCCAGGUGGGAAACCUGCUACAGGUAUCAUUGGGGGACCAGGAGAGCGUGUGUGUGCGUGUGUGUGUGUGUGUCUGUGUGUUAGUUUUAAACUACGUGAAUCCCAUGUUUCGUAAGGCUUUGGAGGAGGUCAGAGGUGAUGAGACACCAAGCAGUGCUGCUAUCAACAGGAACAGUUGACACAGGAAGUAAGAGAACAGGAUGUGAGGGUGGUCAUGUGUGUCUUUGUUUGUCACACGGGAAUCCGCCAGAUGGGAACAUCCAGCAACUCGCACAAAAAGCCCUUUGCUUUCUAUUUUUUUCUUGAAAUGACAAGACCUGUCUCAAAUAGCCGGAGAAAUCUGCGGGAAACUUGGGGUUUGGGUAGAUGAGUUUGCAGACCCAGGCAAGACGAAACCGACAUGAAGUGAAACAUGGCAUAUCUCAUUUGAACAUCUUUUGUUUGUUAACAUCACUGGCGUAGUGAUUUGACUUUUAAUAGAUUUAUUGUCCGCCUAUGUCAUAGGGAUGGACCGCUCAAAGAAAUUGCAUUUUCAACCUUUUUGACCCACCACUUACACUUACAUCGUAAAUCCUAUUACACCAUAAUGUGAUUGUGAAACUAUAUACCACUCAAUUACUCAUUUGAUUUCUUCUUGUUUUUUUUUGUAUGCAAGGGCGAAGCAGAAUGGACAUGCAGCACCGAUAGAAAACAGAUUAUAUUAUACCAACUGUGCUGGUCUGGGCCAUUAUUAGGAAGGUGUUCCAGACAAGGAUGUUUAAGUGUUAGUUUAACAUUUUCCAUUGGUUGUUACCUGUUAAAGAAAGUAUUUCAUCCUGCAUCACAGGUUAGAAUAUGGGAAUGAAAAACGAUUAUUUUAACAAAUAUUGAUUAAUGAUGCUAUUUUUGUAUAUUGGCUAUUUCAUGUGCAUUUAUUUUUUUUAAAUAUGCAGUUGGUGUUCGGUUAUUUGGUGUUGUCUUUUUGUUACAUGACAGGGGCUUAAAGUCACUCAUUUUAUAAACUAGGACAGCUUUCAAAUAGAACAACAGACAUUGGGUUGGGUAUCACCAAAAUGCAAUCGUCUCUCUGACCUAACACAUGCCACAGGCAUUAAAAGUGAUAGUACAUUCUAGAUCUGAUUAUAGUCAAGUGUUGGUCAUUAUGAAUAGAGAUAAUGGCCUUACGGUUAUCAUCCUUUAUAUGAUUUAGUUUUUUUGAUUUGCUUUUUGUUUUUUCAUCAUGUGCAAGUGACAUCUGAGGUGUUUUUGAAAGCAGCCUGUGAAAAGCCUUUAAUGGGAAUACCAACAAUCUUUUUUCUUCUAAUCUAGCAGAUGGCAUUGUAUAAUAUAGCUUGUCUCAGUAUAUCACUCCACUACUUAUUCUUGGAUGUAAAUAUGCUAAUUUUACAAGGGAUUUACUGUUUAAUGUCUUUAUUGCAAAUCCGCUGGUGGCGAUUGCUUCUGAGUUAGCAUCAUGUUGACAUACUCUGGUAUUGGAGAACUUUUUUUUAACAGGUUUGCCUUUUUCCACUUGGUUCAAUGAAGGAAUUACAUCCCUAAUUCAUCAUCCGUUUCAUUUAUUAAGGAGUUGUUUUCCUUUUCCUUUUACACAUUAGAACUUUACGCAUUGUAAAUUAUUUGUAAUUGUGUUUAUUCAUCAGUGUUCAUCUAUAAGUAAGUGUUUGCAGCGUGUACCGAGCAAAACAUUUUCAGAAGGAGUUAUAAGUAUUCCCUCUCAUCUAAAACACUGUCUGUACCGCACCGAGACGGAAGGAGCCAGAAUGUACACGCUCUCCCUGUCUUCUGUCUACUGUAAGGCAACGUAAGCCAAUCAUAAUGUUACGUUUUCUCAGUUUUUUUUCCCACAAACCUGCUAAUCUUUCCCUAGUGCUAUACCUGACUCUGAGUAGUGGAGUUGUAAGCUCCACAGCUUCCUGUGAUGAUAGCUGUUGUGUUAUGGUAGGUGGCAACACCGUCUGAUACGUGUCAGGUAUCGUUUAGGUUUUGACUUCUCCUUUUUCUUUUCUUUUUCUCCUUGCUAUAUGUAAAAGCACUCAGAAUAUCUAUAUUAGGUGGGUGCACUCCAUGCUUCAAUCUCUAAAACAAACAUAUUUUUUAAAUAAAGAAGAAAAAAGUGUUGAGAAAACCAAUGAUACCCUACACGGCUUGCCUUUCAUGUUUCGUCACUUCUCUGCGCUUGGCCUAGUCCCUUAUUCUUGGCGCUGACAAUUACCGAGGUUGCAUUUUGGAUCGUGUUUGAAGCCGAGUCGUUUGUUAAAUUAUUCGGGGUGGGUUGGGCGGGGGGGGAUUAGAUAGCACUUGGAGUUCCCCUUGAGGGUUUGGGAAAUUGUGUCAUACGAGAGAUGCAAACCCUGACUAAAUGGAGUUCCUUUUUUAGGUUCACAAAAAAACCAGCGGGACACUUUGCUCGCCUUUUGAGAAAGAUGAUUAAUUUAAAACACAGUCCCGUCCCGAUUGGACAAUGAGGUUUGCACUGAUAGGGUUUUCACAAUGGGGUAAAAGUUGUAGUUGACCAAUUUGACAACUGUCUAUCUGGUGGUGUUAGCAGCAGAGUGUUUCUGUACUUGACCUGGCCCCUUGCACCAUUCCAUCCUGGCUUUCCUUCACUGUUCCUUCUAUGCAACAUCACGAAAAAAGAUAAAGACCAACAAACACAUGACCUAUUUUAGUCUUUGUACACAGUACUUUGUAUUGGUUUCAUGAACUCAAAUAAAAUGAAUAGAAUCAA